UGCCUGCAGCGCAAUUGCAAACAGCUGAAAAUUGUUUAUCUGCGGAGCCAGUGCUCCAGUCCAUUCGCCAAUAAGCCCCCAGUACUACCGAUCCUCGUUAGAUUAACAAAGAAAGAUGUUCCAGGUAUACCUGCUGCCAGUGGUCACGUUCCUGAUAUUUCAGGUCACCUUCAUUGGGACAUACAUUUUUGCAGUGCUGGAGGGGCACGUGGUGCCCACCGUCCCCUACAUAUCCGAUGCGGCUACUUACUCACCGGAAAGCUGUGUUUUCGGCCAGCUGAUAAAUAUCGGGAGCGUGCUGUUGGGAAUCACAAUAUAUGUGCGCUAUCGGCAGGUGCUACAGCUCUACGAACAUCACCCGGAGCUGGACCAGGCUGUGCUGCGACACAAUCGCCUGGCCUUGUGGUGUGGACUCAUCUCAUGCCUGGGCAUCAGUUUCGUUGGCAAUUUCCAGGAGACGAACGUCAGGAUUGUCCAUUUCAUUGGCGCCUUCUGCUGCUUCGGAUGCGGCACCUUGUACUUCUGGAUGCAGGCUCUCAUCUCGUACAUCAUCUUCCCCAUGUCGGGCACCCGUCUCUACGCCCACAUCCGCCUGGGCAUGUCGGUGUUCUGUACGAUCCUCUUUAUCCUGCUGGCCGUCACAGGCGUCAUGUCACACAUCCUCUUCAAGGGCCAGAAUCCACGUAAAUGGUAUCCCUCCGAUGGGGGCUGGUAUUUCCACGUGAUUAGUAGCAUUUCGGAGUGGAUUAUGGCCACCAUUUUCAGUUUCUACAUCCUGUCCUUUACGGACGAAUUCCGCAGUGUGUCGGUAUCGCAUCCCCAGAUCGCACUGACCUCCCAUUCCACCACAAUCUAGGCCUUAAGCCAGGCUGUCUGAGCGUAUGAUUUGCCGACGAAUUUAGUUAGUCCGAUGGAAGUUGCAUUUGCCGGCCCCCUGUAGGAGAUUUUUUGUAAUUAGAUGACGGAGUACUCCGUCGCGCUUCUCUCUCUCUCACUCUACUCUCUGUCACCCGCUACUUCUUUCUCUGUCGGAUUGCUGUGAUAUAUGUAAAGUGAAUGGAAAUUAGCCAGCUCUGCUUGAUUGAGGAGUUCCAUUUAUUGUUUACCCGAGAGAGUUCAUUACAAUUAAAAUUAUUAAAUCGAACUAGCGCCCAGGAUAGCAAUCGGUUCAAUGAUAAAAUAAAUAUCCUGAGCAAAAAUCUGUAAAAUAAAGUUCAAUUACAAAUCAA